AUGACGGUGACGGUGACGGUGACGGUGACGAUCAAGUUCGCUUCCGAUAGGCACUGGAUUUCCACUUUGCUCCCACACUCACAGACAAAAGCAGCUUCGGUCGCAACUUUUUACCUACUCCCGCUCCCAUUCACCACCGCCCCAUCUCGGUGGGGUGGCGCCACCGUGAUGGCUCUGUCGGGAACAGCCUCAAAUGCAGAACUCGGCCCUACUGUCAUCGCCGUUGAUGACGACGUCAACAGCGUGUACGCUGUCAAAUGGGCAAUUCAUAAUCUUUUACAGAAGAACUCAGCUUCCACCCUCAUUCACGUUCGGACUAAGAAUUUACAUCCUCAUGAUGUUGAUUCUGUCCCUAAAGAAGGUCGUCCACCAACUGAAGAAGAAUCAAAACAAGUUUUUCUUCCCUUCCGAGAAUUUUUUGCACAAGAACGGAUCACAGCGAAGGAGUUGGUUCUGCACGGCAAUGAUGUUACGAGUACACUAACCGAUUACAUCAUUGAACACUCUAUCAGCAAUAUUGUUGUUGGCGCUUCCCAUCGGAAUGCUCUUACAAGGAAAUAUAAAGGGUUAGGUGUUUCAAACAGUUUAAUGAGGUCCGUGCCAGAGUGCUGCACAGUACAUAUUAUAUCAAAAGGAAAAGUGCUAAAUAUCCAGCCAACAGGUUUCCCUCAAAGCAUAAGCAUCAUACCAACUACAUCGAUGGAAGACUCAUACUACGAUCCCCAGGGAAAGUCACAACCGGAUCAUUUGCAUAAUCUUCUUCCUGAUACUUCAGAUUCCGAAGAUAUAAACAGAAAAUCAUUCAAACAUUUUUGGCCAGGCUCAGGUCUUGAUAGGGUUUAUAUUGGUGAAAACAACGACACUGUGCAGGUGGUAACUCAUGAGUCCUCCGAAGAGGCUAAUUUAUCAAAGGUGGAAACACAUAAGUCCUAUGACGAGGAUAAUUUAGCAAGAUUAGUGGUUGAAAACACCUCACCAAAGGAUUCAUCAAAUCAAAAUUCCCUUUCAUUCACUGGUGACAAUUCAAGGAUGCUUAGUUCCCAGUUGGCUCCUUUGUUACCUGAAAACCAAGCAGUAUCUGUGAACUCACACGGUCUCUGGAGGGCCUCAUCAAAUGCCAAAAAAGGCUUGAGUAUUGAAAUGAGGCAAUUAAGCCUAGAAUUGAAAAAAACAAUGGAGAAGUAUAGCUCAGCCUGUAGAGAAGCCAUCGCAGCAAAACAGAAGGUAAUGGAGCUUGAACAGAUUAUGCAAGAAGAAGAACGCAACUUAAAACAUGCAGAAAUAAGGGCCAUGCAGGAAGAGGAAGAGAGGAAGACAGAAUCAAAUAUGUUGACUCAUGAUAAUAUUCAAUGUAGAAAAUUCGAUGUCAAGGACAUUGAAGUUGCAACUCGCUGCUUUAAUAGUCAUUUGAAAAUUGGUGAUGGUGGAUGCGGGUCUGUUUAUAAAGGUGUGCUUGAUUUCACUGAUGUUGCAAUUAAGGUCUUGAGACCAGACAUAGACCAAGGAGAGAAGCAAUUUCAACAAGAGGUACUUAUUUUGAGCACCAUACGGCAUCCAAACAUUGUUCUCCUGCUAGGUACCUGCCCAGAGUAUGGAUGCCUUGUGUACGAGUACCUGGAAAAUGGCAGCUUAGAAGAUCGCCUCUUCCAGAAAAAUAACACUCCCCCACUUCCAUGGGGAAUUAGAUUCAAAAUAGCAGCAGAAAUCGCCACCGGCCUUCUUUUCCUUCACAAGACAACACCCAAACCAUUGGUGCACCGUGACCUCAAGCCAUCAAACAUUCUGCUGGAUGGGAACUAUGGGAGCAAGAUAAGUGAUGUUGGUUUGGCUCAUCUUGUUCCUCCUUCUAUACCUGACAAAACCACUGAGUAUCACAUGACAGCUGCAGUUGGUACAUUUUGUUAUAUUGACCCAGAGUAUCAACAAACAGGAUUAUUGGGAGUAAAAUCAGAUAUAUAUUCGCUAGGUAUAAUUCUGCUACAAAUUCUUACUGCUAAGCCUCCUAUAGGUUUAUCUCUCCUUGUUGAGCAGGCCAUCCAAGAAGGUACUUUUCAAGAGGUACUUGAUGCAAGUGUGCCAGAUUGGCCUGUUGAAGAGGCUUUAUCUUGUGCUUUGUUGGCUUUAAAGUGCUGCGAGAUGAGGAAAAGGGACAGACCAGACCUGGGUUCUGUUAUUUUGCCAAUGCUAAAUCGACUCAGAGAUCUGGGAGGAGCCUUUGGAGGUGAUGGCCUUCCUGCAAGCCAGGUACGAGAGCGAAGGUGGCAACCCUUCAAGUCCAUCGCCAACCUAUUGAGCUUCAAUCGUAAUUCCGAGAAGCCAGGCCUCUUACCACCAACAGGGAAGAAGCAUUUGGGGGAAACAAAAAAGGACAUUUACAGGGGCUGCUUCUCUUUAGUAAGUUGCUCCAAACACAACCGGAAUCUAAAGAAGUUCCACUCUUUCUCUUCAAUUGAGUGA